GUGGGGGUAAUAUAUUCUGGGUUGUUUAAUUUUUUUAGUUGUUUUUAGAAUUCAUAACCGCAUUUUGAUCUUCACUGCGAUUAUUGUAUUGUACUAACAACUUGCAUACCUAGCUUCCUUUUUCUUAUAUAGCAUUGAAUUAUUGCGGUCUUGUAUUGCCUAGUGUUGACUUAAUCAAAUGGCACUAUGACAGUGACCCAACAUGACAAUCAUUCACAUAUCGGUUAAAGAAGGUUGGCACAAGAAUUUCCAUGGGAAUUUUUUGUGUGUCUUACUUGAGAUGACGGCUGGAGUUUGAUUGAUUCAACUGAAUAUGAGCUGGCGAAAGUAAAAUACAGCUGAAGGAAAACUUAUCCUGCUCACCAAGCUGCUCUUUAAAAUGUGGUCUUUGGCAAAGUCUUCACUUCGUUUCUCUCUACAUUUUCUUCUAAAAAUCAUUGAUCAUGCAAUUAUAUAGUAGUUUUUUGUAGGUUUCUAGUGGUCCAGGUUUAUGCUGAAAACUUUCUUUGUAAGGAAAAUAUCUAUUCGGCGCGAUUCCCGAUGCUUCCAGUGCUUAAUUGACCAGCUUAAAAAACAGAAGAAAAAAAGUGUGACCUUGAGUGAAAAGGACAGAUGAAUCAGCAUCCUGGCCGUCGAUCAAAUGGACGGCUGUGAUCAUCACCAUCCUAGUUGACUUUGCUAAAUUUUAUUCUGGUAGUGCUCCGCCUCUCACUCUCGGCCUGAAUAUUAUACUCCCGCCAAUUACUUCCUGCACAAGUGAAGGUCCCAACGAGAGAGACUAACAAUGUCGCAUAUGCUCUGGCCCAUCCCUGUAUAAAGUCGCCGCGAGAUCCAGCAGAAACCUUUUCCUGCUCCGGCCGCCAUUGCCGCGACCUUGCUCACCCUGCGCAAGCUUCUGCAUGUGCUUGCAUGGUGAAACUCUUCUCCACCUUGUCCAUCUCUUGAUGUUCAUCCCAAUCUAGAGUUCUAGACUAGAGCUCCUUGAUUCCAUUGCACCACCAAGGUUCUUGGGUUCUUUGUUUGUCCAUGGAGGGGGUGGAGGAGGCCAACCGGGCGGCCGUGGUGAGCUGCAAGAGGCUGGUCGCCCGCCUCUCGCUGUCCGCCGGCGACCCGUUCCGGCUCGCCGCCGUCGCGGCCGAGACCGAGGAGGCCGUGUCCCGGUUCAGCAAGGUGGUUAACAUCCUCGGCAACAGGGUUGGCCAUGCGAGGGCGAGGGUCGGCCGGAGGAGCUCGCCGGCGGGCGACCCGAUUGCGAGGUGCCUCCUCGAGUACCACCCUCCCCCGCCGGUGCCGUAUUGCCCACCUGCCAGUGCCCCCCAACUCCAUGGGAGUAGCAGUAGCACUCCUGCGCCGCCGCCGACGCCGCUGAAGCAGAUGCCGGUGCCGGUGGCGGCGGAGGCGGCUCCUUGUGCCGCCGGCAACGGCAAGGUCGUUGCACCGGCGGCCAAGGGUGCUGCGGACAGGGACAUGUUCUUCCAGACGCCGCUCCUGGAUUUGAGUGCGUGCAGCAGCGUUACUCCCGCCUCCAUUGCCGCCGCGCAGAUCAACGGCUCGAGAGUUUCCGCAGCUCCGGCGGCCAAGGGUGCAGACAGAGACAUGUUCUUCCAGACGCCGCUCCUGGAUUUGAGCGGGUGUAGCGUUACUCCCGCCUCCAUUGCCGCCGUGCAGAUCAACGGCUCGAGAGUUUCGGCAGCUCCGGCGGCCAAUCCUCCUCCUCCCCCUCCCCCUCCCCCUCCUCCUCAAAUCCAAUUCCACCAUCCGAUUCAGCAGCAGCAGCAGCAGCAGCAGCAGAAGAGGAUGCUCGAGCAGCAGCAGAAGCCGGCCAGCAGCGACAACAAGAGGUUCCACUUCGAGCCGAAGCCGGCGAGCGAGAAGCCGUUCCACAUCGAGAUCCCGGCGGCGAGGAGCGGCAAGGAGCCGGAGGUGAUCACCUUCAGCUUCGACAACUCGGUGUGCACCUCGUCGGCGGCCACCUCCUUCUUCACCAACAUGAGCAGCCAGCUGAUCAGCAUGUCGGAGACCUCCGCCUGCGCGCCGGCGUCCAGGAAGGCGGCGCACAAAGCCGACGACGACGGCAAAUGCCACUGCCCCAAGAAAAAGAAGCCGAGGGAGAAGAGGGUGGUGAGGAUGCCGGCGGUGAGCGACAAGGUGGCCGAUAUACCUUCCGACAGCUACUCGUGGAGGAAGUACGGGCAGAAACCCAUCAAAGGCUCUCCACACCCAAGGGGAUACUACCGGUGCAGCAGCAUCAAGGACUGCCCGGCGAGGAAGCACGUGGAGCGGUGUCGCGGCGACGCCGGGAUGCUCAUCGUCACCUACGAGAACGACCACAACCACGCGCAGCCGCUCGACCUCGCCACGCUCACCGCCAACUCCGAAGCCUGACCGAGACCGCCGGUACCAGAAGAACUCUGAAUUUUUAUGCCAUGGAUGGAACAUGCCAUUCAGCCUGACCAAAUCUGAAUGCAAGUGAAAAUUGUAUGAGGAAGGCGAAGAUUUCGCCUGCGUCUUUCGCAAUGUAUAGUGAGCACUUGAUUGUCCUUUUGAAUUGUAUCCUAUCGAAAAAUCGCUCCGUGCAAAUGCUUGUUAAAUUUCCUUGUAGAACUAGUGCUAGCUUUGCUUGCUUUGUUUUCAGUGUAGCUUUGCUUGUUUAACCACGGUGCAGAAAUCACAAUUCAUGGUA